CUUACUGUGUUUGUUUAUCGUGGUGAUCUUUGUGUUACACACAAUCAUUUCUAAACCUAUUUAUGGAUUUUUAUUUAACAUAAAAACUUGAAAAAAGUAGCUUGUAAUAAUAGCAAUAUAUGUGCUAAAUUAGUUUGCCGCGAUGCGGAAUUUUUGAAAUUUAAUAGGUGCAUUAACCUCCAUUGACUAAUUUACUUCUAAAAUGAGGUGUUGCUUGUCUUUCUGCAAGAAUUCAAGAGACAAUGAUUCGUCAUCAAAAGCCUCAGGACAGCAAAAGGUUACUUUUCAUAAGUUUCCUAGUAAAAAAUGUCGAAAGUUAUCCUGGCUGGUGGGUCUUGGUUUAGAAGAAAGACAGUUACCAGAAGCUCCAAUGGUUUGUUCCCAACAUUUUCAAAAGGAUGAUUUUUAUAUUAAAAAUGGAUGCACUGAGCUAAGAAGUAAUGCUGUUCCUUCUGCGGUGCAGGUGUGCCUGAUAUGUUUAGAUACUGCGAGAAAGCUGUAUCCAUUAGGCAAAUUUAAUUUAGAGGAGGCUUAUAUUAAUGUGACAGGAAUCUCGUUGUACGAUAAAAUGAACUUUGCAUUGAAACUGUGUGCAGAAUGUGCUCAAAGAUUAAUAAAUUGCAAUUCAUUCAGAGACAAGAGUUUAAGAGCACAUACUUUAUUACUGGAUCUAGUCGAAAAGCAUGAUAUGUUAACAGCACAUAAUUUAAAGACUAUAAACCGUGAGAACAACUUUCUAAUAUCCAACUUAGUUAAGAGAGUGUACCAGCCCGACCAUUGUGACGUUUACUUAAUAGAUGACAAGGAAGAAAAGUUGUACGACGUACCUGUGGUGAAAGAUGAAGAGGAUGGCAUAAAUAAUGAUCACCUAACUGCUUCUAAAAAUAAUGAUAUUGCCAAUAAUAGUGUGCUAGAACCAAAACAGGAGACUUAUAAUUGCGAAAUUAAGAAUGAUAACGGAUUAACGAAUGAUAAUGAUAUAAAAUAUCUAAAUGAAGACUUUAGCUAUGUCGGAGUUAUUAAUAAUGACCUUGACAUGGAUAUGGACUUUGGGCACAGUGAUAGUGACAGCAAACCACUCGAAACCCCGAAGGUGAAAGAGGGAACCGUGCCAAUAAAAAGGAUUAAAAAAGGCUCCAAAAAAAGUAUUAGUAGUAAAGGCUCAGUGAAAAGGAUAAGCAAAUUAGGUUCAAUAAAAAGGCUCAAUAAUAAAACUAAAGCUAAAUCAGGUAAAGAACGUUCCAAAGCAAAAGUUAAACUAAAGAAUGGUAUUGUUAAGCUUAAGAACGGAAGGAAAAGGGCAGCUAAAACAAAAGUUGAAGGUUGUAAAAUUAAACCGGAAACCGAUGAGAAAAAGCUAUUCAAAAAGACUGUGCUAAGUUAUGAGGAACAGUUAGCGGAUGUUCAGCAGAGGAAGGAAACUGCGAACUAUUUGAAUGCUCGGUAUAAAUGUACUAAAUGUUAUAAGGGUUUCUUGGAUGUCGACGCCUACAAUGGUCACAUGAUUAAACAUACAAAUAAAUAUGGGCCGUUUGAGUGCGAUAUAUGCGGGCUGCACAGCAAAAGCCGUAACAACCUAUGUCGGCACAUCGUCGUCAAUCACAGUAUUAGAUAUAGUUGCACCCUCUGUCUGUUUGUCACUAUGCAUGUAGGUACGGCGAAUUCUCACGAGCGCUGGCACAAAGGCUCCAAGUUCAAAUGUCCAGAAUGCGAUUUAGAAUUCGGUAUAAGGUCGUCAUAUCUGUCACAUCUUCGGAUAAAGCACCCUUCCGACUACGCGUGUACCAUCUGCGGGUUUUCCUUCAUCGGGGAGAGAGGCAUCAAACUGCACAUGAAUAAGAAGCAUCGAUUCGACGUACAGAACCCCGACGGCCCCCUGUGCAAGCCAUGCAACAUACGCUUCGCGUCGGACAUGGCGUACAAUCAGCACAUGAAAGUAUCGCCCAAGCACAACAUUGGCCAGAAGCGUGAACGCAACGACCCGUUAAUAAAGACUGUCUGUUGGCGCAAACGACCCUGGAGCGGGAAGUCCAAGAAGGAAGACCCGGACGCGGUUGACGGCGAACCAGUCGAGUGCGAACAGUGCGGCAUCCCGCUGAAGGACUACUGGAUGUACACGCAGCACUUCAAGAAGGCGCACCCGGACAAGAACCGCACCAAGUACCACCGGCCCAAGCUGCUUUGCGAACUGUGCGGAAAGGUUUUCAACGUAAAUUGGUGUUACAGAAAAAAAUAUGUGGAUCUUAAUUGUACCACGCUACUGCAAAUUGUCAUCAGGAACGAGGCCCAGCUCCGCUACCACAUGCCGGUGCACUCGGAGCACAAGCAGUUCAAGUGCCAGGUGUGCGGCAAGAGCUUCGGCUCAAUCCUCAACCUGAAGAGCCACGCCACCCUGCACAGCGAAACGCGCCCCUCCUACGCCUGCGACUUUUGCGGGAAGACCUUCGCCUACCAGUCCAACAAGUACCGCCACAUGACGAUCCACAAGGGCAUAAAGUUUAGCUGCGACAUCUGCGACAAGAGCUUCAACACGGCCCCCGAGCGGUAUAUCCACGUGCAGCAUGUACACAUGAAGGUGCCGUGGCCCAAGCGAAACCGCGGGCCCCGGAACAAGCCGCGCCAGCUCCUCCCGCAGGAAGAGCUUAUGUGAGCACGCGCGGCUGAGUAUGAGCUACUGGAAGAACACACGUGACCUCGGAACACAGACAAACAACACUCCUUUCGUUAUAACUGUCAUCCACUCUGUCUCUUGACUCUUCCGACAUAAAUACUAGUUGACAUAAACUUUAUCAAUAACCAGCUCAGAACCGAAGGCUUAACGUGCUUUCAGAAAUACAUGGAUGGAAUUAAAUGGAUUUCUUAAAUCUCGAGCUUAUAUCAAUUUUAUGUGAGCGCAUUUGUAUUUAAACAGGAAAAACUCAUUUGACUAUCUGAUUCUCAGUAAGAACGCAGGUUACCUUAUAGUAAAAAAAAUAACUUUAAAAUUUAGUCAAUAUCACAUAACAAAACACGUGCCUUACACAUAUAUCGUCACUGAAUAUAUCAUGUUUAGUUUUAGUAAACCAUGUCACGAAUAACACAGAAAGAUGAGAAAUGUCUCACGUGAGUACUGUCGCCUGUAAACGUACAGGAAAUUGUGACCACACGUGAACACAGAUCAACGUAAGAACACAGGUAUCAUAACACAGACAGUUUGAAAGCAACUGAACAGCAGUAAGAAUAUUCGUUACCUCAUAGAAAGAUCUCACGCAAUCAGUAUUAUAGAACACUAUGUGGACGCAUAAGUGAACAGGAAUAAACCAAUGAGAGUUUGUGACCUCAAAACAUAGAAAGAUUUCAUACACAUACAGACACAAAUAGAUUUGCAGGAAAAAAUAUGUGAACAUUCAGGAAGAACGCACGUGAACGAGACCCCAGAAAAACUGAGGCCAUGACAAAGAAACAUCGUAUGAAUACUCAGGGCGGAUAGUGAACUACAAGUACGCAUGCGAUCAGAUCACACAGAAAAAAACUCGUGUAACAUGUGUCUUCAUACCGUAAGAUACACCUUAACAGUGCCACAUGUGUAUGAAAGUAUACAAAUGGAAGAAAAUGAGUUGAAAGUGCUUAACACAGAAAUAUCUCAAGUCAGACUGAACUAACACCGAAAGUGAACACAGAAUGAAUAUAUACCCGCUUGAAACGGUCGCAUGCGCAUGCGUAAACACAAAAAACACUAUUUCUUCUUAGAUUACAGACAAAAACAAUAUAUCAAAAAGAACACAAAUAGAAGAUCAGAAGUCCGUGGAAAAUAACCAUCCUCGAAUUGAUAAUACAAAUACUUAAUAAGGUCUCAUAGAACAACAGGCGAAGUGAAUGUUAACAUAGACGAAAAUAAGUCGUGAAUAUAAUAUACGGACAGAACUAAACACAUAUUAGCACAGUGUUGUUCACUAGUGAAAUAUAUGAAGAAAACUUUAAACAAGCAGAAGUGAUUCGAUAGGUAACUCUACGCGGGCGAAGGUCGCCUGUUACAAGUAGUUAAUAAGUAAAUUAAGUAGAAAA